AUGACUUUAGUCGCUGGCACCAGGGUGUCAAAUGAACGCCUCAUCUUCGUUAAGAACGUCCCAAGCUACGUCGCUGAUGACCAGGUUGAAGAGCUGUUCUCACCUUAUCGCCCGGUAAGUUACAAGAACAUCUACAAAGGGAGCAGUAUCACAACAAUCGUCGUUGGCUUCCGGACCACGAGCGACGCAGCGCGUGCCCAGCGUGAGACAGAUGGGAAGUGUCUAGGCAGCGCCAUCAUCAGGGUGGAAAUGUAUGAACAGCGGCGUUCGAUCCGCUAUAUCAGAGAUCACGGGUACAACAGUACACCAUGGGAUGUUGAGGAGGACGAGGGCGAGGAGGAAUACGAAGAGGAGCCUUACGAGGAAGUCCCGCCAAAGGAAGCCACUGCGGGUUUCUCACCUUACUACCCAGCUCCAGUCAAACUGUCUAGUACAGCUGCACAGGGUACCACAUGGGCGCACAUUGCGAGCCGCCAACAUACCCAAGGAGUGACUAAUGCACCCGCCAUCACCAAAGCAGACUCGGCGCCGAGUCCCGCUUCAACGCCCAUCGCGAUAUCUGAACCAGCUGCUCAUGAUGAGACGUCCAGCGACGGGGCUCAUGAACCAGAAUCGGAACAUCAGGUUAUGAGGUGGAGCGAGAUUCUCAGAUGGGCGGAGCACAGCAGUGGCGAUGGCAUUCAAGAGAUGCAGUCUAGGCCGUAUGUACCAAUUGAUACAAUGGUACGUAUUCGACAAGUCCAUUGUCGUGAUUGUGCUUUUUGCAAGUCGAUGGAGAGAGUGCGCAAUGGGCGCGAGUAG